AUGCUCCGACAUGCAAAGCGCCUGCAGUCUGUUUUGAAUAAGGUCUGCUCCCAAUACGAGAAUUAUGAGCUACAACCAAGUCAGGAGGAAUGGCGACAGAUUGAUUACCUUCUUUCAAUUACACAACCUUUCUUUACCUUUACGACCUCUCUCUCAAAGACAAAGGAAGUCACUAUCUAUAGUGUUUUCGCGAUCUACAACAACCUGUUCACUCAUCUCGAGAAAUCUAAGGCACAGCUUGCGCGAAAAAAGGUUGGCUGGAAGAAAGUAAUGCUAUCUGCCCUACGGGCGGCAAAAUUGAAGCUUUCGGAAUAUUAUAGGAUGACUGACGAGAUUGGUAAUGACCUUUAUGCAAUCGGCACAAUCCUAGCGCCACAAAAUAAGUUUGAAUUCUUUCCCAAUAAGGACUGGGAGCCAAAUUGGCGUAUGCGAUACCGUAAGAGCCUCGAGGAGUACCUCGUACCUUAUCAACAGCGCUAUUCGGAAUUACAGCCUACAUCAAACAGCCAAUUCUCGGUAGGGGAGAUCUCUGAUGGUGAUAUCCUCUUAAUAUCAGCCUCAUCUCUCCGGCCACAGAUGACCGCUUAUGACGAGCUUUCGCAGUAUCUUGAAAGUAGUAUGCAAGUAGUCAACCCGCGGACGUACUGGAAGGAUCAUCAGCAUGAAUUUCCUAUCCUCGCAAGCUUAGCACGGGACAUUCUUACCACGCCUGCUAGUGGGUCUUGUGUUGAGCGGUUAUUCAACUCUGCUCGUAAUAUCUGUCACUACCGCCGAGACUCGCUGAAACCCGAAACUAUAAGGGAUCUUAUGAUAAUUUCUACCCGGGAGGCCGAGGCAGCAAGAGAAGAAAAAGAAAUUCGGAAAACAGAGGAUGAAUUCGAUCCUAUCAGUGAUACUGAGGAAGAUUCUUUAGUCACUAUAUCUCAACUUGCUGAACCAGUCAGUCAGCGUGCCCUCGGUAAAAUACCAAGGGUAGAAGCUGCUAAAGAAGACCCAGGGCCUUCGAUUGAAUCAAAUGAAGAUGAUGGAAUCUCCCUACCUGAUAAUACCCACAUACAGGGAGAGAGCAGUACUCAGAGGCGUUCGACCCGGGUUAUGCUUUCUCCCCAGAAAGAGACUACCAAACCGAUAGAGACUCCGUCGCCACCAUCCGGGAAUUCUCCAGACAGGUUGCUGAAAGCUCGCAUACCAUUCUUACUACGAUAUUAUGAUGCCAAUAACACAGUUCUGGAUCUGAUUCCAGCGCUUGAGGCUGGACGGCCAAAGGCUGUUCAUUCUUCCAAUCUGUCCUCUCAUUCAGGCGAGACAGCUAGUGGGCAGUUGAAUGUCACAGAGGGCUUUUUGGAAGAACCGGGCUUUGAAGAACCCCCUUUCAUGUGGAACAGUAGCAUCGAGUUGAACAACUAUGUAAUAGCUCAAAGAGCCGAAAAUGUGCCCACCAAUCACCAAGAAGGCGACAUUCUUUCACUGCGCGCUCAAGAGCUGGCGCAGAAUUUAAAACCCUUUGCCACAUGCACCAAGUCCCAAGCCAAUUUGAAAAACGCUGUUGACCAAGGCCUAUUUUCAGCGACAAAUAUACGCCUGUUUGAACAUCUCUACGUGCAGCACCAUCACAGACAUUGCCCAAUUAUUUAUUUUCCAACUUUCCAAGCUGAAUCUGCUACCCUGCCUCUCCUGUUGGCUACAUUUUUAGGAGGUUCUUUACACUCCUAUCCGAGAGACACGUGCUCUCUAGCAGUUGAUUGCAUUGACAUUGCGGAGUCUUAUAUGUUCAGCUUGUCCGUGUUUAACACAGAAAUUCAAUACACUGCGACCUAUGAGUCGCAGAUGUCGGAAAAUUACGAUAUUCUGAAAGCAGUAGUCAUUCUACUACAACUACAAAUUGGACGCAACGAUCCUGAUAUCCGUCGAAGGGUAAGAUACCAGCGAUUUCCAAUGCUGGUACAUGCUGCGCGAUCAAUCUCACUAUUCAGCUCGAGGCACGAUCGUGGCUCCACUACUUCAGAAGGGUGGGUUUGGAAUGCCCAGUCGGAAUCACGGUUAAGGACUGCUCAUUUUAUCUUGCUGUUGGACUGCGAAUUUGUGACUUCUUUUCGAAUUCCUCCCAUGAUCACGAUUCUAGAGUCAACUGGAAAUCUUCCUUGUAACGAACUGAUGUUUUUUCAAAAUCAGUCGUCAUUAUUGGUAAAAACCCCGCAUUCACCUUCCCUAGUUCAUGUCAUAGAUCUCCUCAUGGAUGGCGCUUGGGAUGGGCCUAGUAAUCCAGUUUUCAGCAAUAUCGGGGUAUUUGGACUCUUUACUGUUAUAUCUGGGCUGCACCUAGUGAUGUUCUCGGCCUUUACAAGUCGGAUGAUCCAACAAAAUUUAGCCCCUUUGCAUCGGGCGUUGUCUAGAUGGAAGAUAUUAUGGGAAGAGUUAAUCUCCCAAACUAGCAAUGAAGCAGAGAUGGAACUAGCUGGUUUUAUGGCAAGUGCAAAUGAAUUGUGGCUUGUUACCAAGGCUAUAAUGCGGAUUGACUCGGAGGAGUACUUCAGUCUAUUUGAUGGACAAUCCCUGCAACCUUUCAACGAACUAUUCCCGAGCAUCAUCGAUAUGAAAAAUCAAUGA